AUGACGGCCUUCCCCAGGGCUGCUUGUGAAUUUCUACCACAUGGCAUUUCAGACCACUCACCAAUGGUGGUUAAGUUUGGUCCACAAUCACCAAAGAAAAACCUUCCCUUUAGGUUCUUUAAUUUUUGGACACUCAAUGAGAAGUUUCUGGACAUUGUUCAACAAGGAUGGAGUAUGCAUUUUCGAGGCACAAAAAUGUUCUCAGUGGUGCAAAGGCUGAGAGCUUUGAAAGGUCCCCUAAAAGCACUUAAUAGAAAAGAAUUUGGAGCUAUCUCUAGAAAAGUGGCUACUUGCAAAGAGGAGUUGGAACAAUGCCAAAGAAGCCUUGAUCUUAAUCCUAUUGAUGAUUUACUUAGAGUCAAUGAAAGGGACCUAGCAAACAAAUACUCAGAAUUGUGUUUGGCUGAGGAAAUGUUUUACAAACAGAAGGCUCAAGUUCAUUGGUUGAAAGUGGGGGAUCAAAACACAGCUUACUUCAUGAAAGCUUUCUCUUCCAAAUCUAACAAGAGGAAAAUUAUUGCAAUUGAGGAUCUAAAUGGGUCUUCAAUACAAGGUCAGGAGCUACAAAAUGAAUUUUUAAGGCACUUUCAAGGAUUGCUUGGGCAAAGUUACAGCCAGUAUCCAGGUAUGAAUACCUUCACUGACCUAUUCACCAAAAGGGUUCCAUCUCACUUCUUAUCCCAGCUCAUUGCAAUUCCAUCUGACCUGGAUAUCAAGAAUUGCAUUCUAUCAUUUCACCUUUACAAAGCCCUGGGCCAAAUGGCUUCAAUUAUUGCUUCUUCAAGCACGCUUGGCCUAUUAUUGGACUUGAUGUGA